AUGACGGACACCGCCAUCGACAAAAUCGCCCAGCGCACGCCGGCCCGGGUCGCACGCAAGGUGCGCGGCCUGUCGGACCGGGCGAUCGCGUGGCUGUUCGUCGGCCCGACGAUCUUCCUGCUGCUGGCGAUCAACAUCUUCCCGCUGAUCUGGACGGUCUAUCUGUCGUUCACCAAUUUCCGCGCCAACCGGCCGAACCGCGAGGUCGAAUGGGUGGGGCUGCGCAAUUAUGAGCGCAUCCUGACCGACAGCGACAUCUGGCUGAACAUGCAGGCGACGGCGCACUUCCUGUUCUGGACGAUCUUCUUCCAGGUGCUGAUCGGCUUCGCGCUGGCCUAUCUGAUCAACAAGAAAUUCCGCGGCAACGAUCUUUGGACAACGAUCAUCGUGCUGCCGAUGAUGCUGUCGCCGGCGGUUGUCGGCAAUUUCUGGACCUUCCUCUACCAGCCGCAAAUCGGACUUUUCAAUUACAUCGUCGCCUUCUUCAUCGGCGCCGACCCGUCCUCGUUCGAGAUGAUCGGUUCGGUGACGCUGGCGCCCUGGGCGAUCGUCAUCGUCGACACAUGGAUGUGGACGCCGUUCGUCAUGCUGAUCUGCCUGGCCGGCCUGAGAUCCAUUCCAGAUUACAUCUACGAGGCGGCCGAGAUCGACCGGGCGUCGAAAUGGCGCCAGUUCUGGACGAUCACCGUGCCGAUGGUGCUGCCGUUCCUGAUGCUGGCGGUGCUGUUCCGCGGCAUCGAGAACUUCAAGAUGUUCGACCUGGUCGUGCAACUGACCGGCGGCGGGCCGGGCAGCAUCACCGAACUGGCCUCGAUCAAUCUCAAGCGCGAAGCGUUCGAGAAAUGGCGCACCGGCUAUUCGUCGGCCUAUGCCAUCAUCCUGUUCGUGACCGUGUUCGGCCUGGCCUCGAUCUAUGUGAAGGCCCUCAACAAGAAAUGGAUCGCCGGCACGCUUGUCAUCGCCUAUGCGCUGAUCACGAUGAUCCCGCUCGUCUGGAUCGUCGCCACCGGCUUCAAGAGCCCGGCGGACGCGAUCUCCUACCCGCCCAAGGUGCUCUUCGAGCCGACGCUGGAAGGCUAUGUGAACCUCUUCACCACGCGCACGCGCCAGACCGAGGACUAUCUUGCCGCCAACCCGCCGCAGACCUGGUACGAGGAGAUCGUCCGGCAGUACGACAUGGUGAUCGUCGGCCCGUCGCGCUAUGGCGAACGGUUCCUCAACUCGAUCAUCAUCGGCUUCGGCUCGACGUUCCUGAGCAUCUUUCUGGGCGUUCUGGCAGCCUACGCCUUUUCGCGCUUUCGAAUACCGCUGAAGGACGAUCUUCUGUUCUUCAUCCUGUCGACGCGGAUGAUGCCGCCGAUCGCCGUGGCGAUCCCGAUCUUCCUGAUGUACCGCCAGCUUGGCCUGUCGGACACCCAUCUGGGCAUGAUCCUGCUCUAUACGGCGGUCAACAUUUCGCUGGCGGUCUGGCUGCUGAAGGGGUUCAUCGACGAGAUCCCGCGCGAAUAUGAGGAAGCGGCACUGAUCGACGGCUACACGCGCUUUCAGGCCUUCUACAAGGUGGUGCUGCCGCAGGCGACGACCGGGAUCGUGGCGACGGCGAUCUUCUGCCUGAUCUUUUCAUGGAACGAAUACGCAUUUGCCGUGCUGCUGACCUCGGGCACCGCGCAGACCGCGCCGCCCUUCAUCCCGACGAUCAUCGGCGUGGGCGGGCAGGACUGGCCGGCGGUGGCCGCAGGCGCGACCUUGUUCCUCUUGCCCGUGAUGAUCUUCACCGUCGCCCUGCGCAAGCAUCUGUUGCGCGGCAUCACGUUCGGCGCAAUGGUGGCGACGAUCCUGAUCGCGCUCGGCGUUCUGAUGCUGAUGCAGCCCUUUGCAAUCGGCUUCUUCACCUAUUCGUUCAUCGUGACGCUGAUCGGCACGGUGAUGUUCAUCAUCGUCAGCGCAAAGGCGCCGGAAGUGUGGUGCACUUUCAAGCCUUUGGAACGUUGUAUCGGGGCAAAUCGUCCUUAUCCUUCGGACGGCGAAAUGGCUGCGCGCUGCGGCGUCGCCGCUCUCGACCGGGCGGCCGGCCCGCUCAUCGAACCGUUCCUGGCAUCCCUUUGCCAUUUCUGCCGCCAAAUCCGAUCGCGUUCAUGGAUGGAUGACCUGACGUUGGCCGAGAUCGUCAUCAAAGACCUGCGCAAGGAGUUCGGUGAUUUCACCGCCGUGCAAUCAUCGUCCUUCACCAUUGCCGAUGGCGAGUUCUUCAUGCUGCUCGGCCCGUCCGGCUGCGGCAAGACGACGACGCUGCGCAUGAUCGCCGGGCUCGAACUGCCCACAUCGGGCGAAAUCUAUAUCGGCGGCGAGGAAGUGGGGCAGAAGCCGGCCAGCCAGCGCGACAUCGCCUUCGUCUUCCAGAUGUUCGCGCUCUAUCCGCACAUGAAUGUGCGCCGAAACAUCAUCUAUCCGCUGGUCAGCCAGGGAAUGCCGCGCGCGCAGAUCAACCGCAAGCUCGACGAAGUCGCACGCAUUCUGGGCAUCGAGAGCAUUCUCGACCGGCCGGUCGGCGGGCUUUCGGGCGGCGACCGCCAGCGCGUGGCGCUCGGCCGCGCGAUCGUCCGCGAUCCCAAGGCCUUCAUGAUGGAUGAGCCGCUGGGCGCGCUCGACGCCGAGUUCCGCGAGCGCAUGGCCGAGGAAUUGCGGGCGCUGCACGACCGGAUGGGCGCGACGACGGUCUAUGUCACGCAUGAUCAAUUGGAAGCCAUGCAGAUGGGCGACAAGAUCGUCGUGAUGAACCAUGGCGUCGUCGAGCAGUUCGGCACGCCACAGGAAAUCUACGACAAGCCGGCGACCAUGUUCGUUGCCGAUUUCAUCGGAUCGCCAUCGAUGAAUUUCCUGCGUUUCGAUGGCACGGUCACCGAAGGCGCAUCGAGAGUUACGCUGAACGGCGCCGAUUUCGCCGUUCCUGUGCAGCAUGAGGCGGCCGCCGGAGAGCUGGUGCUCGGCGUCAGGCCCGAGCACGUGGUCCUUUCCGACAGCGCCUCCUAUCGCGGCGAGGUUCGUGCGGCGGAAUAUCUGGGCACCACGCAGAUCGUCACGCUCGAUACACCCAAUGGCGAUGUCAAGGCGCGCACGGGCGCGGCGCAUGCGAUCCGGCCGGGCGAGAGGGUGGGUCUCGAUUUCCUGCCGCAGACGCUGACAUUGUUCGACGACACGACCGGCCGGGCGCUUGCCUCGGACCUCAAUGCGGGAGUUUUCGGCCACACGAUCGGCGUGGAUGGCAUCGAUCUCGACGUGCCCGACGGUGCGUUCGUCGUCUUGCUCGGUCCGACGGGUGCCGGCAAGACCACGACGCUGCGGCUGAUCGCCGGUCUCGAAAGGCCCGACCGCGGCGAGAUCACGAUCGGCGGCCGGCCCGUUGUCGGCGAAACGCCGGCGCAGCGCGACGUCGCCAUGGUGUUCCAGCAAUAUUCGCUCUACCCGCACAUGACGGUGCGCGAAAACCUUGCCUUUCCGCUCAAAUCGCCGAUCCUGAACACCUCUCCGGCCGAGAUCGAGCGCAAGGUCGCCGAAGUGGCCGAGGUGCUCCAGAUCCCGCACAAGCUCGACAACAAGGCGACGCAGCUUUCCGGCGGCGAGAUGCAGCGCGUCUCCAUCGGGCGCGCACUCGUACGCGAUCCGGCGAUCUAUCUGAUGGACGAACCGCUGUCCUCGCUCGAUGCCAAGCUGCGCUCGGAGCUGAGGAUCGAACUCAAGCGCAUUCAGGCCGAUCUGGGGGCGACGCUGCUCUAUGUCACGCACGAUCAGAUCGAGGCGAUGACGAUGGCGACGCAUAUCGGCGUGCUCGACGAAGGGCGGCUCGUGCAGUUCGGGCCGCCGCGCGAGAUCUACGAAAACCCGGUGAGCGAAUAUGUGGCGACGCGCCUUGGCCUGCCGCGCAUCAAUCUCUUGCCGGCAGGGCUGUUCGGCGGCGCGCCGUCCGGUGCCGCCCAUAUCGGCUUGCGGCCCGAGCAUAUCUCGCUGAACGGCGAAGGCGGCAAAUCGGGCACCGUGACACGGGUCGAGCAUCUGGGUGACCAGACGCGGGUGCAUCUUGAGGUCGAAGGGCAUGUGCUGACGACGCUCGCCGACGCCCAUUCGACGCUCGAUCACGGCGACCGCGUCGCGGUGACGCCGCACGAACCGCUCUUUUUCGAUGCGGCGGGCAACCGGGAAGAUGUGGUCACCGAAGCCAUUGACGGGCUUUUGCGCAACGCCGACGGACGGCUGGCGCGGCUCGACGGCUUCCCGCACAUCAAGGUGGUCGUGCGCACCGACUGGGACAGAUCGAAGGUAGCGCUCGUCUCCGGAGGCGGCUCGGGGCACGAGCCGUCCCAUGCCGGGUUCGUCGGGCAGGGCAUGCUCACAGCUGCCGUCUGCGGCGACGUGUUCGCCUCUCCCUCCGUCGAUGCGGUGCUGGCCGGGAUCCUCGCGGUCACCGGCGAGGCGGGGUGCCUGCUGAUCGUCAAGAACUAUACCGGUGACCGCCUGAACUUCGGUCUUGCCGCCGAACGGGCGCGUGCCUUCGGUAUCAAGGUGGCGAUGGUGGUGGUCGAUGACGAUGUUGCGCUGCCCGACCUGCCGCAGCCGCGCGGCGUCGCCGGCACGCUGUUCGUGCACAAGAUCGCCGGUGCGGCGGCAGAGGCCGGCGCGUCGCUCGACGAGAUCGCCGCGCUCGCGCAGAAGACCAUCGACGGCGUGUUCUCGAUCGGCAUGUCGCUUGACACCUGCACGGUGCCCGGCUCGCCCAAGGAAGACCGGAUCGCCGCCGGCAAGGCUGAACUGGGGCUCGGCAUCCACGGCGAAGCCGGCGUCGAGCAGGUCGAUUUCGAGGGUGCACGGCAUGCCAUGGAGAUGGUUGCCGAAAAGCUCAAGCCGCAUCUGGACGACCGGCCACAUGUCGCGCUGCUGAACAAUCUCGGUUCGACCACGCCGCUCGAAAUGUCGGUUCUGGCCGAGGAACUGUGCCGUUCGUCGAUCGCCGGCAAGGUCAGCCACAUGAUCGGGCCGGCGCCGCUGAUGACAUCGCUGGACAUGCGCGGGUUUUCGGUGUCGCUGCUGCCGGUGGGCGUGGACGAACUGAACGCGCUGAAGGCGCCGGUCGCCCCUGUCGCAUGGCCGGGCAUGGCCGAAGUGGGCGAGCCGCACAUCGUGCCGCUGCCCGACGGGCUGUCGCCGAUCCAGCCGAUGGCGUCCGAGCAUGCCGGACACAGGGCACUGAUCGAACGCUGCUGUGCAAUUCUGCUUGAGGCCGAAGACAGGCUCAACGCGCUCGACGCCAAAUCGGGCGACGGAGACACGGGCUCGACCCUGGCAACCGCCUGCCGGGCGCUGAUGGCCGCGCUCGACCGCAUGCCCCUGGCCGACCUGACCCAGCUUUAUCGUGCGCUGGGAAGCGAACUCAGCCAGACCAUGGGCGGUUCGUCCGGCGUGCUGCUGGCGAUUUUCUUUGCCGCCGCCGGUGACGCCUCGGCCAACGGCAAGGAUGCGGUCGGCGCGCUUUCGGCCGGCCUUGAUCGCAUCAUGCAGGUCGGCGGCGCGUCUCCCGGCGACCGCACCAUGAUCGACGCGCUGGCGCCGGCGCUUGCCGCACUCGAUGAUGGGCUGGACGUCGCGGCGCGCGCUGCGCGCGCCGGGGCCGACGCCACGUCGAAGAUCACACGCGCCAAGGCCGGCCGCGCCACCUAUGUGGCCGCCCAGAGCCUUGCCGGUCACAACGAUCCCGGUGCCGAAGCCGUCGCGCUGCUGCUGGAAGGCCUGUCGGGCGCGGCCUGA